AUGAUAUCGCUGUUGGCUUUCACGCUGCUCCUCCUUCCGGUCACUAUAAAGACAAGCCCUGUAAAACACUCAUGGGAGGGUACUGUGCAUGUGGUUGCAAGUACUGGAGCAUACACAGGCAUCGUCGAUGAGGUGGCACCGGAUGUUCGCCAAUUCCGCAACAUACCAUUUGGUCUCCCACCAGCGGGCGAACGUCGCUGGCUUCCUCCGGUUGCGGUGACAUCUCACGCCGAGACAAAGUUUGAUUCAACGAAGUUUCCGCCGUCAUGUCCUCAAUACGCGCCAUAUAAUGGGAGCUCAGGUGUCUACACUGGUAUCGUGCCUGAGCUCGUUGCAGCUCCAACGAAAACCGACCAGUAUGCCAAAACAUCUGAAGACUGUCUUUCCUUAGCUCUAUGGACUCCAACAGGUGCCGACAAGGGAAGCAAACUACCAGUCAUCCUCUUUAUGACUGGUGGCGGCUUCGGCUCGGGUGGGAUAGACAUUCCAUAUCAGUUCCCGCACCAUUGGGUACAAAAGACACAGCAGCAUAUUGUUGUCACCAUUAACUAUCGAGUCAACAUUUUUAGAUUUCCUUAUGCCGCUGGGUUAAACGACCAGAACCUGGGCAUUCUCGAUCAGAGACUUGCCCUUGAAUGGGUUCGAGACAAUAUUGAGGCCUUUGGUGGAGAUCCAGGACGUAUCACGCUAUGGGGCCAAUCCGCAGGAGCAGCUUCUGCAGAUAUCCACAACUAUGCCUAUGCCGACGAUCCUAUUGUAACUUCCUACUUCAUGGACUCAGGCUCUGUCUCCAUCAUUCCCCCAACACUCGACACUAUGAACACAAAUUUCACGUUUGUAGCGCGUCACUUUGGUUGUGACACUUCUACACCAGAGACUGAACUGUCCUGCAUGCGUUCAAUCGAUUUCCAGGCUAUAACAGAUUUCGUUGGCAGAUAUGGUGAGAACAAAACCUUGGCCGAGCCCAGCUUAAGCUUCUGGCCUAUGUCCGAUGAGCGCAUCGUGUUUUCAAACUAUACUGAUCGCUUGGUAAAUGGUCGUUCUUCCGGCCGGCCCGUGCUAUUCACAUCUUGCAAAGAGGAAGGUGCUGGAUUCGGGCCAGUUAUCGUUUCUCUACCUUCGCCAUCAAAUCCUUACGGAGUAUGGAAAGUCAACCGCACGAUCACGGAGCAAAACACACUUGGUCCUUUUCAGUGUCCCGCUGCUAUGUGGAGCGCAUUAAGGGACGCAGCGGGACUCAAGACAUAUCGUUGGCAGUAUACCGGCAACUUCUCCAACAUCAGUCCCUUACCAUGGAUGGGGGCAUACCAUUCUUCUGAUUUACCGUUGCUGUUUGGCAGCCAUUCUGACUUCAGAGGACCGAGCACUACGCUGGAGGUUGCCACUAGUGAGAGUAUGCAGGACCAUUUACUCGCAUUUGUGCAAGACCCGGUUGCUGGGCCGGAGACAAUUGGUUGGGCAGAUAACAAGCAUGAUGGCUUUCUAAGGUUUGGUGCUGAUGGUGUCGCCGUAGCUACCAUUGAAAAGAAGGACGUUGAUGGAAUUUGCGCUCAGUGGGACGACUUCGAGGGACUAUCUAUGUAG